UUUCUUGUUGUGGUGUGCCGGGGAGGUCUGCAUCUGCCUUCACAGUUCUGGAGAAAAACAAUCUGUUUUAUUUCAGAAUUUAACGUCUCUCUUUGUUUAUUGUGGAUUAAACUCUCAGCUCUCGCGAGCGUCGAGAGCAAAGAAAGCAACAUGGCGCAGUACAAAGGAGCUGCCAGCGAGGCUGGGAGAGCCAUGCAGCUGAUGAAAAAGCGAGAAAAAGAAAGAGAGCAGCUUGAACAGCUGAAGCAGAAGAUUGCAGAGGACAACAUGGUCAAGUCCAACAUCGACAAGAAGUUCUCAGCUCACUACGAUGCUGUGGAAGCAGAGCUGAAGUCCAGCACAGUUGGUCUGGUGACGCUGAAUGAUAUGAAGGCCAAGCAGGAGGCGCUGGUGAAGGAGAGGGAGAAACAGCUGGCCAAGAAGGAGCAGUCCAAGGAGCUCCAACUCAAGCUGGAGAAGCAGAAGGAGAAGAAGCGAAAGGAGGAACAGAAGAGGAAGAUAGCCAGUUUAUCGUUCAACCCGGAGGACGAGGGCGAAGAGGAGGAGGAGGAGGAGAACGAAGACGAAGAGCUGGACUACUCUCCAGCUAGGAAGAAGUAUCUGGGCAAAAACCCAGACGUGGACACAAGUUUCCUUCCCGAUCGAGACAGAGAGGAGGAGGAGAAUCGUCUCAGAGAGGAGCUCAGGCAGGAGUGGGAGCUCAAGCAGGAGAAGAUUAAGAGUGAGGAGAUUGAGAUCACGUUCAGCUACUGGGACGGCUCUGGACAUCGUAAGACUGUCAAGAUGAAGAAGGGAAAUACCAUCCAGAACUUCCUGCAGAGGGCGCUGGAGGUCCUCAGAAAGGACUUCAGCGAGCUCAGGUCUGCAGGAGUGGAGCAGCUGAUGUACAUCAAAGAGGAUCUGAUCAUCCCACAUCACCACAGUUUCUACGACUUCAUUGUAACCAAAGCCAGAGGCAAAUCUGGUCCUCUCUUCAGCUUUGACGUCCACGAUGACAUUCGACUGGUGAACGACGCCACCGUUGAGAAAGACGAGUCUCAUGCAGGUAAAGUGGUGCUGAGGAGCUGGUAUGAGAAGAACAAGCACAUCUUCCCCGCUAGUCGCUGGGAGCCAUACGAUCCAGAGAAGAAAUGGGACAAAUAUACGAUCCGGUGAAACAGCUGUCCUCUCCAGCCUCUGGAAUCCCAGAUGCAAACUUUUUGUUGUUAACGUCCUUCUUAUUUUACUCUACAUAUUUCAUCAAUGCUUUAUCAGGAUUUGAUCAAAGUAUUGAUUUAUUUUUUUAUUUUUUUUUACUUGGUAUUUGAAAUACUAGUUUUCCCUCCAACAUGUAUUUGAACUACCAAUGCAAUGUUUCCUGUGAAAACAAACCCCACGCUCACAUGUGUACAGCUCAUGAACAUGUCUCAGCAUCGAUGCGUAAUAAAAUGAACCUGGCUCAGGAUUCUCUUGGCUCCCGUUGAAAGGAUGUUUGUCAUUCCUUCACACUUUUAGGUCAAGUGAGAACGCGUUGUUGUUAUCCAUGAGACUUUUGGGAUUCGAACCCACUCCGUGCCUCCUGCUGCCGCAGCACAAACCAACAAGUCAGGCAGCGUGACUAUUAACAGAAAGAAGGCUUUACCUCCGCCCAUAGCCUGAAGACACCACUCCCCCUCAUCAUCUUUUCUGCUUCCUCCCAGCUUCCUGUCACUUACUCUCCUGCACCACGAGGACACUCUGACUUUAGAUUCCACCUUUCGCACCAGCUGUGAGGCUUCUUAGUCCACUCAGUGUGUGUGUGUGUUUGUGUGUGUGUGUGUGUGUGUGUGUGGGUUUGAGGUUCCAGUGCUCACAGU